AUGGCCGGGGCGGGGCUGCUGCCCUCCCUGCCCACGCUGACCGUGCUCGUCCCGCUCCUGUCCCUGGCAGGCCUCUUCUACUCGGCCAGCGUAGACGAAAACUUCCCCCAGGGCUGCACCAGCACAGCCAGCCUGUGUUUCUACAGCCUCCUCCUUCCUGUUACAGUACCAGUUUAUGUGUUCUUUCACCUCUGGACCUGGAUGGGGAUUAAGCUUUUUAGGCAUAACUAGUGCAAUGCCUUUGCUAACCCCUGGGCUUCUCUAAAUCAACAUAAUUUGUUUGAUCUCGUCAAGUGUUGCAGUUCGUUUGAGAGAGUUUCCUUCUGGCACUAGUGACUGGCAUCGUUUUCCUGGUAGGAUCUAGAACUGUACGAAGCAGCAGCCCACUGUUAACUACUGCUAAUGCAGAUGAAGAGUAGGAGCACUAAUUAGAAGCACUAAUUCCCUCUGUUUUAUCCUUUCAAGAGUGCUGUGCAUUUGUUGUGACACUAAUUAGAACCUUGGUUUUCAUGAGGAAGAACUGUACCCUGACCAAAUAAACAAAAUUAAAAUUAAAA